UGUUUAAACAGUUUAAUGUUUAACUUCAGUUUCAAGGUUUGACCUUUUCAAAGAAUCACAGACUGGACCUUGACCUAAGUACAUAACAUGGUGAGACCAGUUCUGAAGUAGAUCAGGUCUGUAGAGGAUCUGAACAGGAUCUGAACAUGAACAGAUGUAAUACCGGUGCAGGUAUGAACAGAACCAGGUGUGAAACCGGUGCAGGUGUGAACAGGAUCAGGUCUAAAGAGGGGCUGAACAGAACCAGGUGUGAACAGAACCAGGUGUGAAACCGGUGCAGGUGUGAACAGAACCAGGUGUGAACAGGAUCAGGUGUGAAACCGGUGCAGGUGUGAUCCCGGUGCAGGUGUGAACAGAACCAGGUGUGAAACCGGUGCAGGUGUGAUCCCGGUGCAGGUGUGAACAGAACCAGGUGUGAACAGAACCAGGUGUGAACAGAACCAGGUGUGAACAGAACCAGGUGUGGUACCGGUGCAGAUGACUCACCUGAGCAGAAGCAGUGGAAACCAGAGUCGCAGCUGAUCUCAGUGAAACUUUCCUGAUCGACAUCAUGUUGAAAGUGAAGAGACGUGACGGUGCAGAGAUCCUCAGAGAACAGGAGCUCUCACUUCAGACAGUAGCUUGUUUCGACACUUUCUGUGUCUGCCAUAAAACCGAAUUUACUGACAUGUUUGUGAAUAAACUUCAGUCAUCUGCAGAAACACGUAUUAAUAAUUUAACAUCAAUUCAAAUACUCAUAUCAUUAUCAAUGAAUCAUGCAUCAUUCAGUUUCUAUAUAAAACUAAACUGUUUGAACCAUGACUAACAUCGUUCCUGUAGUUGUAGCAGAGUGAGACCUCCUGUCGUCAUUGUCUCACUCUUUUUUAAACGGAACACGAAAAGAGUAUGUGUGACGUCAGAUCCGUGCAGGAAGUGAUCAACAGGCGCGUGUGUUCCAUAGAUUUAUAUAUGGUGUGUUCCGGUUCCAAGGUGAAACCGGAGGUAUGAGCGUGUCCCGGCUGUGUCAGGUGUGUGUCCGCCGGGUCUCCGGACCCUCCGGACCCGGGUCAGUGCGAGGUCUGGUCCGGAUCUCCGGACCCUCCGGACCCGGGUCAGUGCGAGGUCUGGUCCGGGUCUCCGGACCCUCCGGACCCGGGUCAGUGCGAGGUCUGGUCCGGGUCUCCGGACCCCCCGGACCCGGGUCAGUGCGAGGUCUGGUCCGGGUCUCCGGACUCUCCGCACCCGGGUCAGUGCGAGGUCUGGUCCGGGUCUCCGGACCCUCCGGACCCGGGUCAGUGCGAGGUCUGGUCCGGGUCUCCGGACUCUCCGGACCCGGGUCAGUGCGAGGUCUGGUCCGGCAGUGGAGCAGCAGAGACCGUGGAGGAGUCCGGAGCUGCACCGUGGACCCGGACCUGGAGGAGCAGUUCGUGUUUGUGGACGACCCGGAUACAGAGGACGACUCGCUUCAGGAGAAGAAGCUGCUCGACCAGCUGAGCUUCAAGGCCCCUCCCCUUCCUGUCCCCCCUCAGAAACACCUGAGGUCUCUGGAGCGCCAGCUGCAGGGGUUGGGGGAGGGGGCGGCGCCGGACCCCAGCUCUCUGAUCCAGUUCCAGGACGUGGACUUCCCCCUGGAUGAGAACCUGGUGGCUGCAAAGAGGAAGAAGAAGAAGAAGAAGGCGGCGCCCGGCGAGCAGAAGGUCUUCGGGUCUCCGGACGCUGACGAGCCGCUCAGUGACACCUGCUGCUCGGGCUGCGGCGCCCUGCUGCACUGCGCCGCCGUCCACGCCCCCGGCUACCUGCCCAGCGAGAAGUACAAGGCCCUGCUGCAGGGGGGGCGGGGUCUGCGUGGCGCCGUGUGCCAGCGCUGCCACCUGCUGACCCACCACCACCGGGCGCUGCACCUGGAGCUGACCCGGGACCAGUACCGGGCGGUGGUGCGGCGGAUCCGCCCCCUGCAGGUCCUGGUGCUGCUGGUGGUGGACCUGCUCGACCUCCCGGACUCCAUCGUCCCCGACCUGCCGGAGCUGGUCGGGACCAACAAGCACGUGGUCGUCCUCGGCAACAAGAUCGACCUGCUCCCCGGGGACUCGCCCGGCUACCUGCGGCGAAUCAAGGGCCAGCUGGCCCGGUACUGCCAGGCCGCCGGCUUCGGGGACCAGGUCACCGACAUCCACCUCGUCAGCGCCAAGACCGGCUUCGGCAUCGAGCCGCUGGUCUCCGGCCUGCAGCGGUCCUGGAGGUACAAGGGGGACGUGUACCUGGUGGGCGGGGCCAACGCCGGGAAGUCCACGCUGUUCAACACGCUGCUGGAGUCCGACUACUGCAAGUCCAACGCCACGCCGCUGGUCCACAAGGCCACCGUCUCGCCCUGGCCCGGGACGACUCUGAACCUGCUGAAGUUUCCCAUCAUCAACCCGACGCCCCACAGGAUGUUCAGGAGACAGAAGCGACUGAACGAGACGUCGGGACGGACGGAGGACGAGCUGUCGCAGGACGAGCAGACCAGGAUGAGACAGUUCAGCAGGCAAGGCUACUUAGUGGGUCGCGUUGGAAGAACAUUCCGUGCCGAGGUCGGAUCCGGACCAGAUGAGAUCCAGUUUGAUCCGGACAGUUUGGCGUUUGGAGAAGAUGAAGACGGAGAACUGAGGACAGGGACCAUCAGGACGCCCGAGGAGUUGAGCUACAACGAGCUGAAGGACGCUCACUGGCUGUACGACACGCCGGGGGUCAUGAAGGACAACGACAUCCUCAGCCUGCUGAGCGAACAGGAAGUGAGGUCAGUGGUUCCCACGUCGGCCAUCGUCCCGCGGACGUUUGUUCUGAAGCCUGGUAUGAGUCUGUUUGUUGGGGGCGUGGCCAGGAUCGACUUCCUGCAGGGUCAGAAGUCCUGCUGGUUUUCAGUCGUGGCGUCCAGUCGUCUCCCGGUUCACGUCACCAGUCUGGACAAAGCCGACGCCCUUUACGCAAAACAUGCCGGACACGUCCUGCUGGGGGUGCCCAUGGGCGGGGCCGAGCGGAUGAAGGACUUCCCCACGUUAGUUCCUCAGGAGUUCAGGUUGGAGGGGCGUGGCUACCUGGAGGCGGCCGCUGACGUCAAACUGUCGUCUGCAGGUUGGGUCGCUGUGACGGCGGUGGAAGGCGAUCAGGUGACACUCAGGGUUCUUGGUCCUCUGGGGGCGGGCUUCAGUCUGAGGACGCCACCGCUGCUUCCUCACAUCGUCUCCCUGAAGGGAGAACGCAUCCGGAAAUCUGCCGCCUACAAACUGAUGAGGCCUCCGGGGCUGAUGGACGACGGCGUUUCGGCCAGAGGAGCCAAGAGGCCGCCGGUGAAGAGGAAGUGAAACCGGUGGACACAGGAGACGGAGAACGGGACGCUUUAAAAAGAAGUCUUUAUUUAAAAUUGGAGCAGUGUGAAGUUAGUGUUGGUCAGAGCUCCUCCUACCUGCAGACGGAGGAAACAGUGAGGUCAGAGGUCACUGGAAACUAAACGCCUCAGAGGAUUCAUGAGACUGUGUGAAAGUCACAUCUGUGAUGUUUUAUUUUGAAGUCCUCAAGUGAAACUUUUUCUAUUUGAUUUUUUCCAAUAAUCAAUAUGUAACAGUUGAUAAUAAAAAGGUCAAAUGACAUCA